AUGUAUAAAAUAAUUUAACCAUCAUAAGAAGAAGAAAUAUAUUUUGGUUAGAAAUAAGGUCAAUAAAUUCAAUAAGCUUAAGAUGAAUCAUUUUAUGAAGAUAUCUCAUAAAUACCAACUCAAUUAUAGAAAGAAGAAUUGGAAUAGAUACUCGAUCUCAAGCCUCAUUUCGUUAAUUCAAAGCUUCCUUAAAAUUAACAUAAUUUCGACUUGUGGAAAUCCAUUGAAUAGAUCGAAACGAGAAUUUAACUAUAAGAACAUAAUUUUCAAAGAAUCAAUUUUGAACACCAAGAAGAAAUUAAAAAACUAAAGAAUGACCUAAACUAACAGAAACAUUUAUAUGAAACAAAGAUAGAAGAAAUCAAAUAAUCAAGAAUAUAAAGCUCCAAUUCUUAAAUUUCCACUCCAUAUUCUUCUGAAAAUAAUCGAGAGUAUAAUUAUCGUACUAAUAAAAAUUACACUGAAGUAUCAUAAGAGAAACAUUAUUUGCAAUAAUUAGUCCAGGAUUUAAAAUAACAAAUUUAUAUUUUGUAAACAAAAUCCUUUUCUGCUCCUAAUUAAAAUGACUUUUCGUGGGAAUAAAAGACAAAUUAUCUAGAACAAUAAGAUAAAACAAAUAUUGAUAAGAUAUGCCAACUUGAAACUUAAAUAAUUAAUUAAAAGCUGUCCUAUGAGAAUGAUAUUUCAAAAUUGAAAAAAUAAUUAGAGGAAAAAACUUUAGAAGAAAUGGUGCAAAGAAAUUAGGUUUAACAGUUAUAACAAAAUUUAAAUAAUUACAAAAAUAAAUUUAAUUAAGUAUCUUAAUAACUAUAAUAAUAAAGUUAACAAUAUUAAUCCUAAAUUUAUCAAUUAUAAUUGCUAUAAUAAAAAAACUAUCCUUUAGAAAACAAGAAUCAGAGUUAAUAAUUAUUAGAAUUGACUGAGUAAUUGUAAGCUUCUACGAUGCUUCUUGAGAAGAAGAUUUAAGAAUGCGAAUUUUAUAAACAAAAAGUCUUGCAAUAGUAAACCAUUCAUCAAAAAUAAUUCAUUUAUUCUCAUCGUUAAUCUCUAACGCCAACAACUUAGAGAAUAUCAACUUAAAAUUAGACUGUGUUUUCAAUUCCCAACAAAUAGCAACUAUUUUAAUAAUUUUAAUGA